AUGUCCUUUUGCUAUCUGGGUCUGGACCCACAGAGCCUAGACCCACAGAACCUGGACCCACAGAACCUAGACCUACAGAACCUGGACCCACAGAAUCUGGACCCACAGAACCUGGACCCACAGAACCUGGACCCACAGAAUCUAGACCCACAGAACCUGGACCCACAGAAUCUGGACCCACAGAGCCUAGACCCACAGAACCUGGACCCACAGAACCUGGACCCACAGAAUCUAGACCCACAGAACCUGGACCCACAGAAUCUGGACCCACAGAACCUAGACCCACAGAACCUGGACGCUCUCUCUGUGUGA